GUUAGGAUCCAGCCCAAAACAUCGAGAGUUCUCACUGCAUAACUAUGAUGGAAGCCGUCAAUAAUGGAAAAGACCUGCACAUCUCUGUUACUAUGCCUUCAAUUGAGGUUGGUACAGUGGGAGGAGGGACGCAACUAGCGUCACAAUCCGCAUGCUUGAACCUGCUUGGAGCAAAGGGUGCAAGUUUGAAGUCACCAGGGUCAAAUGCUCGGCUGCUAGCAACUGUAGUGGCUGGUUCGAUGUUAGCCGGGGAGCUGUCUUUAAUGUCGGCCAUAGCAGCAGGUUAGCUGGUAAAGAGCCACAUGAAAUACAACAGAUCAACCAGGGAUAUGGCAGCAAUUGCAGGUUCAAAAUCAUAGUUAUAGAUAAGUGAAGCCUCCCUCACUUAAUUUUCAAACCUUCAUAUUGGUCUUUUGUUGGAAAUCAUUAUAUUUUGUCUAGGGAUAUAUUGGGAUUGUAUGGUUUGGCUAGGAAGUUUGACACCGUAUUCAGGUCAUUUGAAGC